AUGAGGGAACAACCUAUACCUAUUGAAAUUAUACUUGAUGAAGGUCAAAUACUUCGCUCUGAAGAUCAUUCAAACAAUUGUUGUAAAGUUUUGCUGGUUAGUUUUGAAAAAGUUCACUCAAAUUUACCUUGUAAUAGCUUAUCUUCAAAAUAUAAAAGGGUCAGUCUAACAUUAGAAAACCUCAGGGAAUCAAAUAUAAGUCUUGUUAAAGCAAGUGGUUAUCAAAGUUAUAAAGUUGUCUCUAAGAAAAAAGAUAAAUAUGGUGAUUCAAGUUUUGUUGAUUUAUGUUUUACUAAUGAUGGAGAGAUUGAAGUCAAAAAUUAUGGUUCAAUUGAUGUCAGCACCCAAGAGGAUAUUGAUGACGGUUCCAGUACCAGUACAACAGUAUCACCAGACAGUUCCGAAAUCAGUACACCAUCAAGUGGAUCUUCUCGAUCACAAAGAGCUUCAAGAAGAAUGAUGCAAAGAUCAAUCAACUAUAACAAAGUUGAACUUAAACCAUUAACUUCCUAG